AUGGCCGCUGUUCCUCCUUUCUUCACUGUACACGACAACAUGGUCAUCUGUGGCAUUAACAAUGUCACCCUUUUCCAAGGACGCACACAAGCCGAGAGAAUUGCUUAUGAAAUAUUCUCGGACGAUUUCACCAUGACGAUGGACAGCACCACACCAGGAAGAGACGGUGUGCCACUGAGCUACAUUGUGAGAAUGAACAAUGCAGGAAUACUCACCCUCCACGAAGAUUUCUUGGAAAUCUACAUCAACAUGGCACCACACAUUGGCGAAGCAUACGUCAUGAACAACGCCAAAGUACUAGUCCUUCUAAGCAAGUUCAUUGUGGGGAAUACCAAAGCUGAGGCGACCCUCCAAGCCAUCCACAUUGCAGGCAAUGGAAGAGAAGCAUUCAAAGCACUACAUUCCCACUAUGAAGGCAAAGGGAUACUAGCCAGCGAUAUCGUCAAAGCUGAACACACCAUCAAAGAAUUGUGUUAUGUUGGUGAAAAACCCAAAAUGAACUGGUCCAUGUUUGAACGAAUGCUAAAGAAAGUGCAUGCAGCAUGCGACAAACACGAGGGGAGAGAAGUCCAUUCAGAAGCAAUGAAACUGCGUAGCCUACAAAGCAAGGUUACAGCACCAUUUCUACAACUGGACAAAACGGCAAUCAAUACGGAAAUUGGCAAAAGACCGCUGUUAAUGACUUUCACGACAGCAUUACAAAUCUACCGAACUGCAGUGAGAGAAAAGUUUCCCCAAGGAACCAGUAAUGCAACCGAUAGGGGACGAUACUUGAGCGAAACUAGAGCUGACAACGAUUGCGACAGAAGCAGGAGCCAAAACAAUGGAGGAGGCAACAAACGUCGCAACGAACAAGAGAUUGCUCUGAGUAAUGGAGAGAAGAUCUAG